AUGGACUUGGAGGAGCCCAGGGACACACCUACGCCCUCUCAGGACCACAGUCCUGACUGCCAGUGGGACCCAGUGCCGGGAGGCCCAUGCAGCCCGAGUCAGAUGGAACUUGACGGGCCAAAUAUUCAGGAUCUAGUGCAGCAGUUUGAGGCUCUGCCGGGUGAUCUUGCGGGCCUGUCCCCAGAGGGGCUCCCCUGCCCCCUGCACAUCGCCACCGGUCAUGGCCUGGCCUCCCAGGAUGUGGCUGAUGCCCAUGGGCUCUUGUCUGCUGAGGCUGGCAGGGACGACCUGCUGAGCCUUUUGCACCUCGAGGAGUGCCCUCCUUCCCCGUCUUGUCCCAAGGAGCCUCCAAACCCUGCUCCUCACCUAUUACAGCCCCCUGAGGACCCCGAUGGGGAUACUGGUUCCUCAGAAUGGGCAGAGGGAGCCUCUGCUGAGCAGCAUGGCCGCAAGAGCUCAAGCAGCUCUCCGGAACCCUGGCUGGAGACGGUCCCUCUGAUUGCUCCUGAAGAGCAGCCUGCCAGUGCCCAGAGCCCCAAGACCGCGGCUUCCUACCCUGCCUUCCAGGAGGUAUCAGGUCCCUGUGACCACGAAGACCUCUGUGAUGGUGUCAUAUUCGGGGCCAAAUACCUGGGCUCCACCCAGUUGGUGUCCGAGAGGAACCCGCCCCCCAGCACCCGCAUGGCACAGGCCCAGGAGGCCAUGGAUCGCGUCAAGGCCCCUGAGGGGGAAACCCAGCCCAUGACCGAGGUGGACCUCUUCGUCUCCACCAAGAGGAUCAAGGUCCUGAUGGCCGACUCCCAGGAGGCCAUGAUGGACCACGCCCUGCAGACCAUCUCCUACAUCGCCGACAUCGGCAGUGUGCUGGUGAUCAUGGCCCGCCGGCGGCUGGCCCGGCGCCCGGCCUCCCAGGCCCACGGCCACCGGCUCUACAAGAUGAUCUGCCACGUUUUCCACUCCGAUGAUGCCCAGCUCAUCGCUCAGGCCAUCGGCCAGGCCUUCACGGUGGCCUACAGCCAGUUUCUGCGGGAAAGCGGCAUCGACCCCAGCCAGGUGGGCACCCAGCCAAGCCAGGGGGCCGUGGGCUCCGGCUUCCUCCACAACGGGGACCUCGACCACUUCUCCAACAGCGAGAACUGCAAGGAGGUGGUCAUCGAGAAGCGCCAGGGUGAGGGCUUGGGCGUGGCCCUGGUGGAGUCGGGCUGGGGGUCCCUGCUGCCCACGGCUGUCAUUGCCAACCUGCUGCACGGGGGCCCUGCGGAGCGCUCGGGGUCCCUCAGCAUCGGGGACCGCCUUACUGCCAUCAACGGGACCAGCCUCGUGGGGCUGCCACUGGCCAGUGUCCAAGCUGCCAUUCGCGAGGUCAAGUCGCAGACGUUGGUGACCCUCAGCAUCAUCCACUGUCCGCCCGUCACCACAGCCAUCAUUCACCGGCCCCACGCCCGUGAGCAGCUGGGAUUCUGCGUGGAGGACGGCAUUAUCUGCAGUCUCCUCCGGGGUGGCAUCGCUGAGCGUGGGGGCGUCCGCGUGGGACACCGCAUCAUCGAGAUCAACGGGCACAGCGUGGUGGCCACGCCACAUGCCCGUGUCAUUGAGCUGCUCACCGAGGCCCACACCGAGGUCCACAUCAAGACCAUGCCAGCCACCACCUAUCGCCUGCUCACGGGCCAGGAGCAGCCUGUAUUCUUGUGA